AUGUCAGCGCCCUUGAAUAAUCCCACAGCGUACUGUCUGGUCGGAGAGCCACUCAGAGACCUAGACGGAAACGUGGUGUAUUCUGGGAGAGGCAGCCCGCCCAACAGAUGUCCUCCGGCAACCGAACCGUUCAUCUCACCCACAGACAGGUUCGCGGUCUGCUGCUGGCGUAAUGCUUCUCAAGAAAACAUCACUGGGCUGGAGACUACGAAGCCAGGAAUCUGUCCCAAGCCGCGCGGACCUGGGCAGUGCCGAGACUCGUGUCGCAAUGACAGCACGUGUCCCGGGGACCUCAAGUGCUGCCAGAACGGGUGUGGAGUGUCGUGCAUGCGCCCAGCCGCCAACCUCACUGACCCUUGUCUAACACAGGUGAGUCCUUACAACCUCACCGACCCCUGUCUAACACAGGUGAGUCCUUACAACCUCACCGACCCCUGUCUAACACAGGUGAGUCCUUACAACCUCACCGACCCCUGUCUAACACAGGUGAGUCCUUACAACCUCACCAACCCUUGUCUGACACAGGUGAGUCGUUACAACUUCACCAACCCUUGUAUAACACAGGUGAUUCGUUACAACCUCACAUACCCCUGUCUAACACAGGUGAGUCGUUACAACCUCACCGACCCUUGUCUAACACAGGUGAGUCAUUACAACCUCACCGGCCUCUAA